CCCAGCAAUUGAACAGAGAGAGAGGGAAUGGCUGUCGCCGCGCGUAAAAUGAAGGCCUUGAUAACCAUUGGAUCUCGAUCCAUCGGUGAGUGUGCAAUUGGCGCUUGAUAGAUCCAACAGCCGCAGGAGUCUUCCCUGGUGACCGUGCACUCUUCCUUUCCUUUCUCUUCCCCCCCUGCAUCAUCGCCAUCGCCUUAUCCCCAUCUCUCAUCACGCUCUUUCUUUUGGAAAAGGAAAGAAGAGAAAGAAAGAAGAAAUAAACGAAUUCUCUACGUGGUAAACUAUUGAUCAAUCUAUUCUGAGCGAAGAUGGCUUUGGCACUCUGCAUCGGAGCUUCCGCUCACCUCCGCCCUUUCCCCGGAACUCCCAUCCCUCUUCGCUCCUCUUCCUCCUCCUCUUCUUCUUCUUCUUGGUUCCUUCCAAGGCGCAGCUCGAGCGUUGGGUCUCUGGCCAGCCUUCCCGGACCGAGAGAGGGAAAUUCUGGCACGGCGAGAGAGCAGGAACAGAGAUUGAGGGGUGAUGUCGCCGAGGAAGGGAAGUUCGGGAGUGGGAUGGCUACCGCCAUAGAGGAAUCGAUGCCCGCCAGGGAUUUCGUCACAAUCGCCGCCUGUGUCGUCGGCCUUCUCACCGGCGUCGGAGUCGUGCUCUUCAACAAUGCCGUGCAUGAAAUAAAUGACUUCUGUUGGGAUGGUUUACCUUCUCGAGGUGCCUCAUGGUUGAGGGAGAAGCCCCUUGAGGAAGUUUGGCAGAGAGUGGUAUUGGUACCUGCUUGCGGGGGUGUGAUAGUUGGCAUGUUGUACAGCCUACAAAGUUCUCUGCAAGCCCCCUCAGAGGGAAUGCUAUCUAACUUAAGGGGUGCAUUGAGACCAUUCUUGAAGGCCAUAGCUGCUUCUGUUACUCUUGGAACUGGGAACUCACUAGGGCCUGAGGGUCCUAGUGUUGAAAUAGGUUCUGCCAUAGCCAAAGGAGUUGGUCAUAUUUUUGAGUGGCGUGGUGAUAAAAGGUUGUCUCUAAUAGCUUCUGGAUCUGCAGCUGGAAUUUCAUCAGGUUUUAAUGCUGCUGUAGCUGGAUGCUUUUUUGCUGUGGAAUCUGUCUUAUGGCCUUCUCCUGCUGAUUCAUUCUCAUCUCUUUCAAAUUCAACACCCAUGGUGAUACUCAGCUCAGUCAUAGCAUCUGUUAUUUCAGAAAUCGGUCUCGGUUCUGAUCCAGCUUUCACAGUCCCAGAAUAUGAUUUUCGUUCUCCAAGUGAACUUCCAUUGUAUCUUCUGCUGGGUAUCCUUUGCGGGUUGGUGUCAGUAACCCUCUCUGUGUGCACAUCAUUUGCUCUGGAAGUAGUUGAUAAUUUUCAAAGGACCACAGGAAUUACAAAGGCCAUAUUUCCGGCAUUGGGUGGUCUGACUGUUGGUUUGAUGGCUUUAGCUUACCCUGAGGUUCUAUAUUGGGGCUUCGAAAAUGUGGACAUUUUGCUGGAAUCGCAACCUUUUGUUGAUGGCCUCCCCACUGCUAUCUUGUUUCAGUUAGUUGGGGUAAAAAUACUUGCUACAUCCUUGAGUCGAGCUUCUGGAUUGGUGGGAGGCUACUAUGCACCAUCUCUUUUUAUUGGUGCAGCAACAGGGAUGGCGUAUGGAAAAUUUGCGAGGUCAACAUUGUGUGGCCCCAAUCCGUUGUUUCACCUCUCUAUCUUAGACGUGGCAUCACCUCAAGCAUAUGGUCUGGUGGGCAUGGCUGCUACUCUUGCAGGUGUGUGUCAAGUACCCCUGACAUCAGUUCUGCUCCUAUUUGAGCUAACACGGGACUAUCACAUAGUUCUACCAUUGCUUGGAGCUGUAGGGUUAUCAUCAUGGAUCUCAUCUAGCCAAAAUAAAAAAAGAGAUGCCGCAGAUAAGUUGGACGACUUUAAAGUAAAAGGAAACAGUCAACAACCUAAAGACCCAUUAUAUAAAAGCCCGGAAAUUAAUUAUCUAGCAGUUUCUGCUGAGGCGUCUGAUACUGCUGAUUUAUGCAAGAUCGAGAGUUCUCUUUGUCUAUAUGAUGCCAGUGCUGAAGUCAGAAAUUUGGCAGAAAGGAUGACAGUUGCACAAGCUAUGAAAACGAAAUAUGUUACUGUCUUGAUGAGAACUUCAAUAGUGGAAGCAGUCACUCUUAUGCUUGUUGAGAAGCAAUCUUAUGCAGUGAUUAUUGAUGACAGUGGUUCCUUAGUAGGACUGCUAGAACUUGAAGACAUCCAAAGCUUCAGCAGAGUCGCUAGAACAAGAAUCAUGCAAAAUGAGCAGGUAGACAGGAUUCAGGUAUCUCACAUCUGCCACCUGAAGGGAAAUAAUUGUAAAGCAUGGACUGCAACACCUGACAUGACACUACUUACUGCUGAAAGGAUCAUGGAUGCACAUGGGGUGAAUCAUCUCCCCGUAGUUUCAGACCACAUCAACAGACAAGGGAGGGGAGAUUUGGUUGGUCUGCUAGAUAGGCAAUGUAUCAGCAUUGCUUGCAGUGCUGCAGCAGCUAAAGAACUUCUCAGCAGCUAACUAAUCAGUAGAGAUGUGAAGCCUGAUCAGGUAAAAGCAAACUGUAGCGCCAUAACUUCGCUAGAGUUUUGACAGGUAAUACAGCUCUCGGUUGAUUUGCUGCAAACUGUAACUGGAGCCUGACCACAAAACUUUGCUGCUGAUUGCUCCUUAACAAACUGAUCAUGGCACAACAGCUUCAGCAUGUUAGUAUUUAGUAAUGACUUGCCGAUGUCCAUUCCUGCUCAAUGUGCUGACAGAGAAGUGGUUUCAAUUUGGCAGUUGCACGCUUAUACCAGAAAGUUGUCCAUGGCCUCUCUUAUGUAUACAAGAUCCUCCCAUUUUUCAUGUGUACCUUUUAAUAUGAUACUAGAUCAAACUUCCCUUGAAACAAGGUUGGAUGCUUAGAAAUGCUCCUGCCUUGACUAGCAAUAUCUGUCAGCUUUCCAUUCAAAGCACCUCUUAUUUUUCCAUAUCAA